AUGGACUCCUUUCUCCAAGGGUCUCUGCUGCUCAGUCCAGACCAGUCCCAGUUCUUUCUGGGUCGUUCGCUGAAUCUCCGAUGUGACGAUCCGACGUGGAAAGUGUGGAGGAGAAACCGAAACACCAGGAGGCGCUGUGAUACUGCUGCUGCUGCUGCUGCUGCUGCUGCUGAGGAUAGAGAGAAGUGGGGCGUCCAGAGCGGCCCCUGGUGCAUAAUCAAAUACCUGGAGAAGAAGGACAGCGGGCAGUACUGGUGUCAGACUGAAGGGGGCGACGCCUCUGAACCUGUCCAAAUCAGUGUCUCAGACAGUGGGGCGAUUCUGCAGAUGCCUGUGCGCCCUGUGUCGACAGGACAAACUGUCAAACUCAUCUGUCAAAAUCUCACCUCAUUAACCUCCUCAGCUCGUUUCUAUAAAAAUGGAGACUUCCUGUCUGAGCAGCCUUCAGGACAGAUGAUCCUCCAGCAGGUGGCGCUGUCUGACAAAGGCAUGUACCAGUGUGAGACUGAAGGACAGCGGUCGCUGCAGAGUGAACUCAGGGUCGAAGCAGCGAUCGUCACCUCCACCCUGGCAACCACCACCCACUCUGCUCCGACCCCUGCUCCGCCCUCCGCUGAGCCUCCGCCCUCCUUCUCCCUCCUCCUCCCGGUGGUGGGCUCUGUCGUGGGUGUGGUUUUUCUCAUUGUCGUGGUGCUGCUGGUUCUUUUGAUAAAAAGAUGCAGAUGCAAAAAGAAAACUAAAGGAAAGAGACACAGAAAACGUGGGGCUCCUCCUCUGAGUCAGACCACAGGGACCUGCAGCUGCACGAGGACCACAAAGACCCCCCGACACAAGUGA